AAUCUCCAAAUCUCCAAAAGCUCUGACGUGAACCUUCUCCUUGAGUGAAAUUUGGUUGGUUUUACUUUCCAUGAGGGAGGUAGCUUUCUAUUUAGCUUUCUAUAGAAUACUCUCACAUAACUUCAAACUCCCACACCCCAAACAGAAUAAAUAAUCUUACAUAACGCAGUGUUCUUUGAAUGUCUAAAUAAGUUUCAUAGAUUGAAAUUUGACCAUACAUCUAUAAGUAAGAGAUCUCGCCCACCCAACCCAUUCUGAUUCUAACAGCAAGUGAACAGUCACAUCAACUUCAAUUUUGCACAUUUCACCACUCAUCCAACACUCAUACCUACCCCGCCACUCUCUGUAGCUACCUUGAAAGCUAUCCACCACCAGUCGAAAUGGCAGCACGCCGUAUCGCCAAGGUUUGCAACUACGAUUCCCGAGUCUGAUCACAAGUAGAGCAUGGUCUGACAGAAGAUGUAUUUAGGAGUUUAAAGAAGUGACGGAAAACCCCAUCCCAGGAAUCAGCACAUCCUUGUUGAAGGAGGAAGAUUUACAUCAAUGGAAAGUCGAGAUGGAAGGUCCUGCAAACACACCAUAUGCCGUACGAUUCUUUUCUACUUGAACGGUCCCCUCCUUCUUAUUACUAACGCUUGCACACCAGGGCGGCUUAUUCAUCCUCCACGUCGCCCUCCCCAAAGACUAUCCUUUCAAACCACCCAUUGUCAAUUUUGUAACUCGCAUCUACCACCCCAACGUUACCUACGAUGAGAAGGGAUCAAUUUGCGUGGAUGAGUUGAAGCAAGACAAGUGGAAGCCUAGUGGAAAGAUCACGGCCAUUCUGGGAGCCAUCAGAAACCUUUUGAUCCAGCCAAAUCCAGAUGACCCAUUGGAGAAUGCGAUUGCGGAAAAAUUGAAGACGGAUACAGAGGGCUUUGCGAAGGAGGCAAGGGAAAACACAAAGAAGUAUGCUAUGAAUAAAUGAAUAGUGUAAACCACGAGAAGCAUAUGGAAGUUGAUGGAGGGAAGGUUGGAGGUUGAACAUUGGACGAUCCCGGGUAACGAAAAUGAUGUGAUAUGAAGUUAUGGAUGGACACAUGACGAUGAACGACAGCACUUUCACCAGCGAAAUGAAUGGCAUUGGCGUUUAGGGUGCACAGAAGAAAUUACUUUUUACGUUAUCAGAGAUCAGACAGCAAAGAAAUCAGGAAUAAAUAUGCAUUGCUUUUCCGGGGAAGACGGUUGCAUGCCCUGGACGUGGGUGAUAUGAAAUAUUUGCUGUAAUGGAUCCCCUCGGAACUCUGACACGAAGAGCGAAUAAUUUGUAAAUUAACAAGUCAGACUAUUUCCCAAGCUCUUUGCUUCUUUGUUUCUUCGUUUCUUCGUUCUGUUGCUUUUUAAUUCAUCACGAUGGUUAACUCCACCUCUUUCGGGAUAAUAUCACGAAUUGACCGAUGCGGAAAGAAAUAAACGCUCAUGCCUCCUUACUCCUCUAGCAUCAAGACGGCGUGCAAAAGGGAGAGAACUAGAGGGGAAAAGUGACGCGAGGGUUAAGCCUUAUGCAAGAGAAAGAGGGAGAGAAACAGUUAUAAAGACGUUGAUGAAGCAGAAGGCUUUGGAAGAGUAUUUUAUCAGUUAUCAUAUCAUGUAUUGAGUGGUAGCAGGAAGGUUAUGGGUGAUGGACGAUGGACGAUGGAUGACAUUGGUAUGAGCUUCAUAGUUUCGGUUCAACGUCUGUAAGAGAUUGAUUGGAAUGAUGGGAAUGAUGGGAAUGAUUGGAAUGGGAUCAGGUACCAACGUUGUUC